ACCGCGUUCAGAAUUUCAUUCCGAGAUUUUCCGUCCCGAUCUUUUCGCCGUUGAAAAGCGACCGAUAAGCCCAGCGACGGUUUCCUACUGCCUAACCGACGUUAGUGCAGCCCCGUCUUCCCUAGAGUGGUUUCUUUUCGAGUGAAACGAGAGUGCCAAAACCUUAUCCCUCGGUUAAGCAAACGCUCGGGUUCUUGUGUCGAACGUUCUAUUUCCGAUCGAUGGGAAACUUUUCCACGGUCGAGUGCGGUUUGUUGAAGCUGUUACUGUUACACGUAGGAUAGCCAGACAGGGCAUGUUGAUAGCGAGAAAAAUAAAUGAUUGUCGGAGAUAUCUUCGAUACUCGCGAGCGAAACGCGAAACGUACGUUUUCGCGAUUGUAAAGUGAAUUAAUGGUAACGUGAGGUAACUAAACAAUCUAAGAGGAGCCAGAAGAGUGUUCUACAUUGCCAACGAAGCGACCUACCUCAGCGACCUCGAUCCAAACGGACAAUCGACAGCGAAUAUAAACUGUGACGUUACUUACGAGCCACUAUCGAUAAAGCAGUGAUCAAGAAACCAAUUCUCCAGGAUGCCACACUAGCCAACGAUGUCCACUCAAAGAAGCAAUGAAAAUCGUCGAUUAUCUCGUUCGUCAUCCGAGCGUGUAAUCUUUUAUACGGACAAUACAUCGUUUGAAACCAUCCACAAUCCCAUGGACAUCUGUGAGCGAUCGCGCGAUAACGAUACAAUAUGCCCAUCUGAAAAUCGCUCGUCACGCUACCUUCCCUAUCCAGAUCCAAACGAGUUACAGCUAAACGACGCAUUAACCCGCCAGUUGGCCAACCUCGAUGACGAGCCUCAAUACAAUGUUUUCACUCGUUCGAAAGCCACCGGCCAAAAACAGAACAGAAACAGUUCGGAACUCGAUCAGCGAUCCAGUCGUCGUUCCAGCGUACAAUCCAAUCGCUCGCGAAUAAACAGCUGCAGCAGGCCAACGUCGUUAGGCAAUGGUAGAAGAAAUAGCAUAAACAGGACAACAAAGCCACGAAAAGCGAGCACGGCUCGCAGAAAGGAUUCCGUUCAACCGAUAAAAAUCGUAGCAAAGGAAGCGGAGAAGGUUACGGAAAACGCAGAGGAUUUAGAGGAAGCGAGACGGCAUCGAAAAAUCACUAUGAUCAUCCUGGGAACGUUUCUUUUCCUUCUAGCUGCAUCGAUUCUUGUCGUGGUGGUCACUUUAACACAGAGCAGCACUUUUUCGAAGCCUAGCGUAGGCUUCAAGGAACUUGCAGAGCACCGAAUCCCACGUAAAUGAUUAUUUUCAAAUACUUUCGAUUAAAUAUUCCAAGAAAUUCCUGAGAAACGACGCACACUAACAAAGAGGACACUCACGCUAUAAAUAAAGACAAAAUAAGACACUAGAAAAUAAAAU